UGAUUAUGGAAGAUUGAGGAUGGAUAUGAUAUGUACAUUGACUAUUCGGUCGACAUCUUGCGGCCCGGGACCUAGAGAGCCGGCGGUAAGCGCCGGUGGGGGAAGCGUACGCGACGUAUGUCAGUGGAGGCUGGGAUCCAGUCUAGCCUUUCAUCAGGGUCUUGGAGUGAGCUUUACUAAUGGGAUGCCGGUAAGUGGCCGGGUGCCGGCUUUGCGCUCGUUAAUGCCUUGGACAAUAAAGUUACUUAUCGUUACUGGCGAUGCGCUUCAAUUUGGUUGAUAGGCUUUGUUGAUGCGCCGACACAUUGGUGGCCCAGUUUUCGUGAAACCUGAAGCAAU